AUGGCUGGCAUCUAUCCACCUGAGUUAGCCCGGCCCCUUUUUUUCAACCCUCGCCCUCUGCCAUUCGCCGUGAAGGACAUGGUCACCCAGGAGCUGCAACGAUUACCGCGACAGGGCAUCCUAGUGCCCGUCAAGACGUCUGAAUGGGCCGCUGCCAUCGUACAAGUCUUCAAGCGAGACGGCAGUGUCAGGAUCUGCGGGGAUUGCAAGGUCACCAUCAACCUCGUCGCUACUGUCGAGAAGUACUCGUUACCCCGGAUUGAAGAUCUUUGGUCAGCAUUGUCCGGUGGACAGAAUUUCACAAAGCUUGACCUCAGAGAUGCUUACCAACAGCUGGAUGCCGCCCGGAAGUAUGUCACAGUAUCGACAACAUUGGGGCUCUUCCAGUGCUUACCGUUCGGCGUGGCCUCAGCCCCAGCCAUUUCUCAGAGGGAGAUGGACAACUUCUUCAGGGGCAUGAGGUACGUAGCGGUGUACUUGGAUGAUAUCCUGGUUACUGGCAGCGAUGAUGGGGACCAGCUGCAGAACGUGCACAGCAUCCGGGCUUGA